GUAUGCAUUACCAAUACACAGAAUAAAAAGGUAUUUUAGAAUGUAUUGAAACAAUAAACACGUAGCAUGUGUAACCAUCACUAUCAAUGAAUGGCAGGCAAUGAAGGGCUCGUUAGUCAGGGACCCUAGUUUUCUUUACAUGGUGCACUUUUAAAUCCAAUCUAUUCUUUCAAUAUGCCCAAGCCCUUCUUUCACAACGGAACGGCCUUCGCAAGCGCCGAAAUUGGCCUCUUCCUAUUUACGAACGUAGAUAUUGGAAUUUGCUGGGCUACUUCUUUUCCUUAAUAUCGCUUGAACGACCGCUUCCAGGGAGUUUUCCUUAUUUAUUCAUCUCGCCAAAUUUACUUUGCUGUGAUGUUCAUUUGAAAGCGGAGCAAGUUAAAAUAUCUGUGUCCCACAUAUUUACUGAUUCCCUUAGGGGCUUUAGAAAUUGAAUUAUCGUAUCUUUUUGAUUCUCUAAUCAUGAUCCCCCAACGUCGAAUUUCGGGAAACUAAUUCCAUCCGUGCCACACUUUCUGCCUUGCUUUACUAUCCCUAAUUUUUUUUGUCAUCAUCAUUAUUUUGGUUGCACUUCACUCAGUGAGUGCUUAUUAUCGUUCUCCGGGGCUCAUUUUUUUGUUUGUAGAAUGCCAUGCCGCUCCUGGAAUGGACAAACAGUGCUCGUAGUGGAAUCCCCUUAAUGGAUUAUGAUGCAGAGUACGUUUCGUUAGUCGAAAAAAGCGCUACUAUUCUUCAACUUGUGCAUGGACGUCGUUCUGGUCACUCUGACCUGAUUAGUCUCCAAAAAGUGACUCCUACACUAGCCAAUCAUACACCCUUAGACCCAAACAUCCAAAUAUCCCCCCCAAUAAACCGCGGUGCUAAGUCUGAUUCUUUUGGAGAACGCGAGUUAAAUCUGACCUCAAGCAUCUCAAAAACGCGAAGGGAUGCAUACACUCAGACUUUGUCACAACAGGAAACCUCAUCUGAAGAGCAUUCCUCCCAUCCCGAUUAUGAUUUGCUUGAAGCACAAAAAAGUGUCUUUGUGGCUCAGCUAUGUGAGCUCUAUACUUUACUUCAUGUCGUUUUUGCGUAG